UUUGAUUGCUUUCUUCCGACUAUUAUUGUAUAGUAAUACUCGAAAAAAAUUCUAUUUAUUUAUAUAUUUCAGUAAAGUUAUUAGAAAACCUUCAAUAUAUCGCUCCUAAGGGAACUACUCCGUAGACUCAUGGAAGAGAAUGCGGCAGACAGUGACAGUGACCACCAUGAGCCGGAAUCAGAGGAGAUGGCCCUAGUGGGUGUAGAAGAUGGUGAAGCCGGGAUGGUGGUGAUGGCUGUGGGAGAUGGCGGCGACACGGAGGACGGCGGGGGCACGAGCCCCGACGGGGGAGGGGAUGACGAGGAAGUGCAGGAGUUUGACAUCAGCCUGCCAGCAACACACUCGUAUCUGGGUACAGACUUGGAGCAGCUGGGUGGGCGGCGAGUGCUGGAGGCGGGUUGGACGGGCCACGUGCCUGGCAUGGCACAUCAUGGAACCGUGUUCCCUGGAGAGACUGUUCCCAUGCUGCUGACACCUGAGCCACUCCGGGAUGUGAUUCUUCAGGAGCGAAUGUUCUGUCUGCUCUGUCCAGAUGAAUCCGGCAUGGACGUGUCAGGGCUGGGCGUCCUCUGCGAGGUGCUGGCUGGAGCGGCGGCGGCCGGCGUGGUGGCGCGCGCCUCCCACCGCGUGCGGCUGAAGCAGCCGCGAGCCCGCCACUCAUACGCCUUUAGGAAUAUGCAGAUGCUGGAAGUAGAGGUGCUGCCGGAGUUGGCGCCGGGCGACCCGCUGAGGCCCUCUCGGCUCGCCUCGCUCGACCCGCUGAGGCGGCCGCAAGAUACAAGGCAAGAGCGAAUGCUGCGGCGUAUGGACGCCGCGACAUCCCCGUGGCCAUCCUUCGUGUGGCAUAUUUUCGACUAUCGCCGUCUGCGCGCUCGCCUCACGGACCACUUCGCCACGCUCAGCCUUGACGACAAGAUGCCGCUGGACGCCGUGUCGCUGUCGUUCUGGGUGGCGUCGAACCUGACGCUGUCGGCGCGCGACCGGAACGCGCUGUUCGCCGUCGACAACGCGUUGCUCCGGUUAAGCCUCGCCCUACGCUUCAUCGACAAGUCAAAAGCAUUAUGCUGCGGCACUUGUGGCGCGGAGCUGUCCCGGCGCUCGCACAUGUUCGCCAUGUCCAGCGACGGCGUGCACGCCAACUACACUAAUUAUGGCGGCUUCAUGCACGACGUGGUGACAGUCCGCACGGCGCACGACACGCUACUCGGCCCUCCCAGUGCGGAGUACUCGUGGUUCCCCGGCUACACGUGGCGCGUGGCGCAGUGCGGCGCCUGCGGCACGCACGUCGGCUGGAGGUUCGACGCGAUGAAGCGCAAGCUCCGCCCGGAGCAGUUCUUCGCGCUGUGCCGCAACGUGGUGAUGCCGCGCGCCGAGCAACACCACGCCGACGACGACGCCGACACGGCCUGAACAGUGACGCCGACGCCGACGCCGACCAGGGUGACAAUGAAUCGGGACGACAGAUGGUCAGAUGCUACGAAAAGUCUCAAUGGUUAAGUUUCGAUUGUCAUCUUGGUUAGGUGCAGAGCUAAAUCUAAUUUAGAGUUUGAACGCCGACCCCAAAAAGCUCUAAAUGUGUGUGCAAAAUUUCCACCCCCCUUGGGAAAAUAAAUAAAGUAUCCUUAUCGAAUCGGACAGUGUAACAACGCUCUAAAUAGUCUAAAUGCCUAUUAGGCUGCUUAAAGCUAAUACAUACUAUUGACUGUAAGUAUAUCAUAUUUUUCUACCAAUUUAGUUGGAAUAAAACGCACAGUGCUCAGCGAGCACAUAGUACCUCAUGCAAUUUGAGCUAGACUUGUGCAUUUAGGGUUUGGCCAACGAGUUAUUAUUGUAGAAAAUGUGUAAGUCUAAGGAAAUAUGGCGUUAUUCAUAAACGCGCUGCAAGCCGCGAUUAGCCAUUAAUCGUUUAUAUUGUUUUGUCAUUUUAAAUUAUGUUUUGUAAGAAAGGGAUAUAAAAAUAGAUGCUUGUGGCCUAGCGGUAAGAGCGUGCAACUUUCAAUCCGGAGGUCGCGGGUUCAAACCCCGGCUCGUACCAAUAAAAGCUUUUCAGAGCUUAUGUACGAAAUAUAAUUUUAUAUUUGCCAGUCGCUUUUCGGUGAAGGAAAACAUCGUGAAGAAACCGGACUAAUCCCAAUAAGAUGCCUAUUUUAGAACAAUUUUACACAGGAUCGACCCAGGUCCACCCACAGUCACAGUAAGCUUAGUAAGGCCACAACUUUAUCGUUGAGAAAAUAAUGAGUGUGUGACUGUGUGUUGAUCAUGUUGAAUACCUGGCCCGGCUAUGGCUAGAUACUUUUGCUGCUAAAUGAACUUAUAUUAUUUUUUGCAUGAGAGGUCAUCCAUUGAUUACAUCACACAAAAUUUAUAUUCGUUAGACGCCCAAUUUCACCCUUGACAGUACGUUGCUGUGACGUAAUAUUAGGUCAUUACCUAUGAAAUUGGCGUUUUGUUCGGAGAAUUUCAACGAAACACGAAUUUCCAUACAAUUAAUUUUGCGGAUAUUUUUUUGAUGGCUAAUUCAAACCAAACAAAAUUUUUCCAGUAAUUUUUGACACCUUUAAGGUAUGUUUUCAAUAUCUCCAUUUCUUGAAAAUUGGUACCAUUAGAAAAAUAUAAGUAAUUUUAAUACUCGAACCGACAGCACAUGAAAAGACCUAUUUUCAAGGCUUAAUUCUGAACACUUAACAAUAAAAAAUAACAAUUAAUUGUAUGUAAAAUCGUUGUUUAUUGAGUGCACUGUAGUUUUAUUGUAAUUGUGUAUGUACUUUUGUAAAAAAAAAAAAACUAGGAUCAGACUUAUAUCUAUGAACAAAAACGCCAAUUUCAUAGGUAAGGACCUAAUAUGUGGAUGAACCCUGAUCUUUGAUGUGCAAUUUUAACAAAUAAAACAUAAUUACUUAUCCUGUAAUCAAUUGCAUGAUACUACUUGUGUGAAGUAAUUUAAGUAAUACAAUCAUCAGUUUUAUUUUAAUGAGAAUGAGUGUUUACUACUAUUAUAGUUCGUUUUUUUUUAGCAUUAGAAAUAAGGUAAACAAUCUUGAUGUGUGUAAGGCAAACACGGUUUAAAAAUAAGUCACGGCAAAUAUGUAAUGUGUGUAUGUAAUGUAUGUGUAUGUUAUGUAUGUGUGUGUGUGUAAAUAAAAGAAAAGGUUCAGGUCGUGUCAUACCAGAAGGUUAAGGAGUUGGUUAAGGAGGACCGGACGAGUUGGAGAUUGCUCCACCGACAAGAGCACAGCUAUAAAGAAGAAGGAGAAAUAUGUAACAAUUAUGAAUCAAUAAUAGUUACUGAUUUUUAUAAAUAAAUAUUAUAGGGCAUUUUUACACAAAUUGACUAAGCCCCACGGUAAGCUCAAGAAGGCUUGUGUUGUGGGUACUCGGACAACGGUAUAUACUAUAUAUAAUAUAUAAAUAAUAAAUACUUAAAUACAUAGAAAACAACCAUGACGCGGGAACAAAUAUUUGUAUCAUCAUACAAAUAAAUGCCCUUACCAGGAUUCGAACCCGGGACCAUUGGCUUCAUAGGCAGGGUCACUACCCACUAGGCCAAACCGGUCA